AUCCCUUUUCAUGCAGCAGCAGCUCACUGCCACACACCUGCGUGUCCAAACGGUGUCACGUGGUCUCGCGGAACAGGAAGUGGCUUCUUCUUCGGCGAAACUUUAAACGCUUCGCGGAGCCGGAGCGUGUCUUCACAGCUUCAUAAAUGUGAGCUCCUCCCCCGUCCUGUUUUUGUUGUUCGGCUGUUUGAACGGUGAGCCAUGGCCGGUCCAGAGCUCCUUUUGGACUCCAGCAUCCGGAUGUGGGUGGUCCUGCCCAUCGUCUUCAUCACCUUCUUCGUCGGCAUCAUCCGUCACUACGUCACCCAGCUGCUGCACAGCGACAAAAAGGUCGACCUGGAGCAGGUUUCUGACAGCCAGGUGCUCCUGCGAAGCCGUAUCCUGAGAGAGAAUGGAAAGUACAUUCCCAGACAGUCGUUCGCCAUGAGGAAACACUACUUCAACAACGCAGAGACCGGCUUCUUCAAGAAGGUCAAGAGGAAAGUCAUCCCCAAGAACCCCAUGACAGACACCAGCAUGCUGACAGACAUGAUGAAGGGCAACCUGACCAACGUGCUGCCCAUGAUUCUGAUCGGCGGCUGGAUCAACUGGGCCUUCUCGGGAUUCGUCAUCACCAAGGUGCCGUUCCCGCUCACGCUGAGGUUCAAGCCCAUGUUGCAGAGAGGCAUCGAGCUGCUGUCGCUGGACGCCUCCUGGGUGAGCUCGGCGUCCUGGUACUUCCUGAACGUGUUUGGCUUGAGGAGCAUGUACAGCCUCAUACUGGGACAGGACAACGCUGCCGACCAAUCACGGAUCAUGCAGGACCAGAUGACAGGUGCUGCCAUGGCGAUGCCCCCUGACCCCAACAAGGCUUUCAAGAGCGAGUGGGAGGCACUGGAGAUCGUGGAACACAAGUGGGCCCUGGAGAACGUGGAGGAGGAGCUGAUGUCCCGCGACCUCAACUUCGGGACCUUCUUCAGCCAGGACAUCAAGUCCACCAUGUUCUAGAAACACGGGACGCGUGCGUGCGCGGGUUCCCCGUCGGUUCUGAAGGUUCUGGAACACUGUCUCCUUCAACAAACAAACAAAUAAAAAAAAAAAAGGACAGCAGCAACCGUUUUAUUUUCUCAUGUGUUACAGCCGCUCUGGAGGUUUCAGAUCAGUGUCUUCAGGAGAACACCAGGCGCAGUCGUCUCUGUUUUCUCCUCGUUGUAGAACGCGCGGCGCGAAAGGCUCUGGAACCGUCCUGGAGGUUCUAAGACGCAGGAGGCACCGGCUCUGUGACAGUUCUGAAGGCUCUCGAUAAUUCACACUGAUGAAUGACAGAUGAUUGAUGAGGAAGUUUUUUUUUUUUUUUUUUUGGUCUCGGCUCUGUGGUACAUGGUGUGUGAGACACAUGAUGUUGCCACGGUGACGGUCUAUGAAUACAAUGACAACAAUACAAUCAGAUACAUGAUAAAGAUAGAACUCCCCCUCCCUCUAAAUUUGCAUAUUAAGUUGGGGAUAAAAACAUUUUCUCCAUCCAUUUAAAGACAUUCACCUUAAAACUACUUGUGGCUUGUGUAGAAAAGUAAUUCUAAUAUAUUUACUAUAGUGAAUGAAUUAAUAAAUUUAUUAAUGGCACAAUUAGUGUAAAUGGUCAAAUUUAUUAUACUGAUCAUGAAGGAAUAUUAGGCGUCUGAAGUGCCUCUUGUUUGAAUCACCAGAAGAUCCUGCAGGGUUUUUUUUUUUUUUUUUUUUUUAAAUGAUUACUAUUAUUAUUGUUAUUAUUAUUUUUAUUUAUUAACAGGGGACAAAAACAGAUUGUAAACGACACCUUUCAAAGUCCACCGUGGUCUAGAACCGUAGUUUUCAACCUGAGAACCUAAGAGUGACUGUUCUGUCACUCUCUUCGCUGUUAAUCUGCUAAUCUACAGCACAGACAGUUCUGGAAUAACUAAAUCUUACCGAGGACGAGGAUCCCCCGGGGCUCCAUCCGUCCGGGUCCGCGGCCUGAUGUGCAUCCGAUUUUGGGAUCCAUGACACCAAAAAGGUUGACAAACGCUGUUCCAGGACACGGAACCAACAGGUUCUCGAACAGAUCCAGAUGUUCCGCAACCCCUGUUUUGUUUUUUGGUUCAUAUAUUUAUUUAUUUUGGAUUUCUUUUUUUUCUUUUUUUGUUUCCAAACCAGCAGAUUCUACACCAGUAAGCGGCGGCAUGGCGUCUCGGGAACAGCUGCCGUCUGUUAGCGUCGUUUGAGACAGUGAGGACGUUUUUCCAGAGGACAGAGAUGGUGGUUUAGAGCUUUUGCACAUUUUCAGUGUGUAUUUUUAACCCGACCGCUCAGGCUCUCCUCUGAAAACAGCACCCAGGACAGACCUUUUGCAGUUGUAGCUCGGAGUGAGAAGUGCAGCAGUGGAGUGAAUGUGCGAUGACGCCUUCCAUUCGUUUUCUUUGGUCUAAAGUCUAGUUUCUUUUUUUUUUUUUCAAAGGAGACAUUUCAACUCGCUCUAUCUUAAUUUGUUCUUAGUUCUUUUUGUGAAGGUAAGCCUUAAAGCAUUGGUGGGUUGUUUUUGUCUUUGAGUUGGUUUGGUUUAGACUAGAUUCUCACUCCCAGUGAAUGCCACUUGUUCUCCAGGCGUCUCCAUGUUGAUAUUUGGUGCCUCAGAGAUUGAAUGGUUUUGUUCUCCCCUGGCCAAACCAAACCAAGAAGCGGAAACGCCACAGAGUUAAGAUAAACCGCCUGAAUCCCUAGUUUGUGAACGUUACACGCAGCAAAUAGUCCUACCAGUUUCUAGUUGUCUUGAGCCAGUCUUACCCAGCAGGGAGGAAACCACUAUCAGCAUGAAGUACCUUCACUUUUCAGCACCGCAGCCAGUCUUAAAGCCUUACUUCACCCAUAAUCCUAACCCUAACCGAUCAAUAGUCCAGUUCAUCAGCUGCACAUUUCUAAACACAUUUUGGAAACUCGGCAGCAUCGAAGAGCUGUGACACUCUACGUUUCAAACAUCUUACCAAACCUCAUUCUCAGAUUCUGUUGUUGGAAUGAGAAGGACAUUGCGAGGAAAACGGGCUCAGAAGCUGCUGACCAAACGUCGAUAACGUCCCCAGCUGACGCGCCGAGUUCUCCGACUUGUGCGUCGUUCGCGCUCUCGAGCAGAAACGUCACUUCUCCUGACAGCGGCUGCGUUGUCUCUAUUCUCCUCGUGAUAUCGGCAGUUUAAUAUUUCAAGGCAAUAAACCCGACUGAAUGUCAGCUAGCAUUCUGAUGAUGAAUUUGACGACUACUGUCUGUUUUUGUUUUAGAUUAUAAAAAGAGUUAUUUGUGGAAUAAUGUUCUCGUUUAAUUUGUCUGUUUGCGUUGUUUUGUUUGAAAGCCUUACCUCGCUGCUGUGAAGCAAAAUGACCCGACGGAGGCCGAAUGAAACGCUACCAGGUCUCCUGGAAUGACUCUUAAUUCUUUUCCUACUUGUUUUCAAUGGAAAAUGAAACUGUCGUGUGUUCCUUCAUGGCAGCACGUACGGCGUGUUUUCAUCCCCAGGUGUGAAAAGGUCACAGCGAUCGCCUGUCAGUCAAACAGUGUGGGCGGGGCUUGUUUUUGUCCUGAUGAUUGGGUUUUGAGUUUCUCUUUUCUUUCUUGGUUGGGUGACUGCCCACUUCUUCUUCUUCUUGACUUCGGUGUCGAGUUGUGAAGCGGGUGGACCGGUUCUCUCCAAACCACCGGAUGCACAGAGGAGAAAAUGGUGUCCAACAUCUUGUUUCACUCCGGGGAAGUCGCAAAAAUGGGAUUUUGCCCAAAACAAGAUCCAAAGUAGCGGACAGACAGGACGUUUUCUGGGCUGAUGGUGGAAACUCAACCCAGUUUAUCAGAAAUGCGUUGGGUUUGAAGGAAGCCUUGGUCAGAGGAGACGACUGCAGCCUCAGUGGUUCCUCGUGGCACCUUUUGAACUUGACCUCUUUAAAAUGUUGUGACUUGUUUUGGGUUCUUUUUUUUUUUUUUUUUUUGGGGACAAUUCUAGACAUGCUAGAUGAUGAUUUUUGAAAGUUGUUUUGUUUUUGCUUUUUCAUCUUUUGUCAUUAUUCCCUGUGAUUUUGUCUCAUUCUGCUGACCUCCAUCAUCAUUUUCACCACAUCCCUGCAAAGUGUCUCUUCACAUGCAGGGACGUGAUCAGGAAGACACCAAAUCCCCCAUUGGAAAAGAAUGGGAGACACUCGUUCAAACUGUAGCUGAAAGCCUGAAUUCACAUGAUUAUUCACAACAGUUUCUGCAGCAGUCUUUCUGAUUCUUUUGCUCGCAGACUCGGAUGUAGCCCACAGUUACAGAGCAGAGGGAGUCCUUUCCUCCGCUCAUGUCUUCCUGUCUGUCUGGGUGUGUCGUACCUAGCCUGCUCACCUGUGCAGAUUUUUAAAUAAAGAGCUGUCCUCUGACAGCUGA